GGCUUCUACCACGUCAAUCAAAACGAUACUUAACCUCAAAAAACAUGGAGGAAACAAAGUUUUCCCAUUUAAUAUUUUAUAAAUAUCUUGUAUUUACGAUCUAUUAAGUGAAAUUCAAACAUAAUGAUAAUAUCUUUUUGAAUAUCGUUUUAAAAGUUAUAAUUACGUUAAUUACAAUCGACUAUUCUAACAUUCUUUUGCAAUUUACGAUAAGAAAAUGUCGGACUUAGAAAUUUUUUUAUGAUAUAAACAUAAACUAAAAAUUAUAUUUAAUAUAAUUUUAUGUUUUAUAUAGGAAUGUAGGUGUGGAAAGAUGAUGGUAAUGGAUCAGAUAUUACCAGUUGAUCAAUAAAAUACUGGUUUAUGAAGAAAUAAUAGGAAUCAUGUUCUUUAUCACUUAGAUUAUUAAUUGGGAUUUUUAUGAUGGAUGCAAGUUCUGUGGAGGAUAAUGAUGUAUCUUUUCGUUUGGGGGAGAUGUUUGACAGUUACGAAGAAUUGGAACAUAAAUUGGAGAAAUUUUCAAAACGUAGUCUUGUGCAUUAUUGGAGAAGAGACAGUAGAACUGUUAGCGGUGCUCAUAUGAAAACUGCAAGGCCGAUUAGCGAACGUUUGAAAUAUUAUUCAGUUAAAUACGCGUGCAUCUAUGGUGGUCAGAAGUUUCUUCCACGCGGUGCUGGCAGGAGACAAUCUCAAUCAAUUAGAACCAAUUGUCCAGCGCACAUUAUGCUUAGAGCAUCAAAAGAUGGGACAAAAUUGGAAGUAACUAGUGUUAACAACGAACAUAAUCACGAAAUUUCUGAGGAAUUAUUUAAGAAUUUACCACAAGAGAGAAAACUUUGCGGUGAAAUCAAACAAGAAGUACAAGAUCUCAUGCAACUUCAUAUAGAUCGUAAAAGAUUGAAGGAGUAUGUACGUUUACGUACAAAUAAAAUAUUACGUUCAAAAGAUUUAUUUAAUAUAGCAGCGGCUAAUAAGCAAAAAAAAGACAUUACACCUGAAAGAGCAUAUCAAUUAUUUAAAAAGAUACAUGACAUUGAAAAAAUGCAAGGUGUGGAUGGCGAAAGAAAAUUAUAUUCAGAGUCAGAGGAUGAGAUUGCACAAACGAUAAAAAGAAUGAAAAAGGAACAGGAAUCACCUUGGGGUCAGGAUGGUCUAUCACCUGAAUUAGAAGUGAGUGAAGGAAAUGAUGGUGACGAUUCUUAUGGAGGUCAAUUGACUCAAGAAGAAGUAGUAGAUGAAAUAGAUACUACUGAAAGUAAAUUAUUAAGAACAAAUAAUGAGGGAGAUAUAAUAACAACAAAUGGAGAAAUAGUUGGAGAAUUAGUAAUGGAAGAUGGAGAUCCAUCGGUAAUAGUUGAAUCUAUUGUUAACGCGGAUGGUUCCGUUUUUGUUGAUGAACGAGAUUUUAAUACAUAUUGCAGUAAUCAUUUAUCUCAUACGGUCGAUGAUAGUCGAUCACCUAAUUCUCAAGUUUUAGAUAUAGAUGCUAUAACAUCUUCAACAAAUAUAGAGAAGAUGACAAAAGAUCCUACAUCUCCUAGUCAUAAAAUACAAAAUAGAUCCUUAACACCGCAACCACAGCAAACACCGAAAUCACCAAAUGAUUUUCACGAAACUGCGGAUUCAAGGAUUUGGAUUAUGAAGGAGGCAACGUCUAUGGAAGCAGAAGUAGAUAGCAGUCCUGAAAGUGAAACAAAUGGAUCAAAAUGUGCUGCUAUUAUAAAAGGAGAUAUCGAUACCUCCGAUGUUGUAUUAACGGAUGAGGCUAGUCAUCAAUUAUUACAAGAACAAUUAGCUGUACUUCGUGCGGAAAGAGGAAAGUUACAUCAUGAGACUGAAAUGUUAAAACUUAAGAAAGACAAAUUAAAAUUACAAAUUAAUUGUUAUACUAAUGAGCUAAAAAAGCAGGAGAUGGAGAAGGAGAAAUUGAGAUUGGAAAUUAAAUUACUUCAAUCUAAAGUAAUGGAAGAUAGUAAUGACGUGUCUCAUUAUAUUUUUGUGCCUUGACCGUUAAGAAAUAGGUUUAAUUACUGAUAGGAUAAAUAAAGGGAUAUUAGGGCGCACAAGUUAUUAUAAUAAGAAAGAUUACAUCUUAUUUAAUAUUGAGGAUUACAUAAAAAGUGGUUGUUAUAAUUUUACAGUAGGUAAAAUUAAAUGAUAAAAAUUGUUUUAUCUAUGCGUUAGAUACUAUUAUUAUAAUAUAAUUUUAUUAUUUUUUAUGAGCCACAAAGA